AUGCCGUUGAGCCCGAUGCACAACACACUACUUGACCCGCGUAGUCAGGUGGACCUUAACUCACGGGUCGAUCAACUCACACAAAAGGUCGAUGAGCAAAACAACCUGAUUGGUCAGCUACUCAGGCAGAUCAACUUGAAUCACCUAACCUUGGACCCCGUGACGAGGAAAGGAGGGCACACGAGCAUGCUGGCGAGCAGUUCGAGAGGUCCCAGGCUAGUUAGACAGGGGCAAACUGGCAGGGGAGAGAGCGAGAUCGUGCAGACGAGACGCAGACAGCUGUGA